AUGGAAACGGUGCUUCCCCUGCCGUUCCUCGUCAGCGUGGCCAUUCCGCCCGGUCUGGCCAAGCUUGACGGCCUCAACCGCGAGGAGGUUUCCAUUCUCGCCAGCCCCUUCCUCGAGGCCUCGCCCAAGAUCCUGGACAAGCUCUCGCGAUUCUUCAAGCGCCACAGCUCCGAGUUCCACGCCCACAUCGACACCACAACCCUCGAAUCCGUCGACGAUGUCUAUGCGCUGCUCGAUGGCGGCGCCCGCAAAGUCUUUGUUGCGCCAGAGACGCUCCCCCAGUACGCAGAGCUUGGAGACCGAGUGCUGCCCGUUGUAUCAGCGCUGGAUCUGUCUGCCGCUUCCGAGCACGGCCUUCUGAUCAAGGAUUUCGACCCCAAGGCGAGCAAUGUCGACAAGUUUGCUGAAGAAGCCCGCGCCAAGAAGCUCAAGGCUCUCUACCUGAAGCCGGUCCCCGACGUCGCCCUCGAGCAGUUCAUUGAGGUUGCGCAGAAGUGCAACGCCAUUCCCAUCUUGCCCUCGACUGGAUUGACAACCGACAAGGCGGAUAGCAGCAGGCUUCUGCUUUCCAAGGUCAUUGCGACAUACUGGAAGUCAGACCGCGCCGAUGGCCUCAUCCCGACGGUUGUUACUGAUAUUUACGGAAUUGCCCUGGGACUGGCUUAUACUAGCGAGGAGAGCAUCCUGGAAGCUCUGCGAACUCACACUGGUGUCUACCAGAGCCGCAAGCGCGGACUGUGGGUGAAGGGAGCCACUUCUGGAGACACCCAGGAGCUCGUCCGCAUCGCACUGGACUGCGACAAUGACACUCUCAAGUUUGUGGUGAACCAGAAGGGCCGAUUCUGCCAUCUCGAGCAGUUUGGCUGCUUCGGCGAGCUGACUGGCAUCGCAAGACUGGAGCAAACUCUCAAGUCAAGAAAAGAGUCUGCUCCUCCAGGCUCAUACACUGCCAGACUAUUCUCUGACGAGAAGCUGCUGAGAGCCAAGAUCAUGGAAGAGGCUGAAGAGCUGUGCGAUGCCAAGACUCCCGAGGAGGUUGCAUUUGAGGCCGCUGACUUGAUCUACUUUGCCCUCACAAGAGCUGUUGCUGCUGGUGUGAGCGUAGCUGACAUUGCUGGCAGCUUGGACGCCAAGGGCCUGAAGGUCAAGAGAAGAACGGGCGACGCCAAGGGCAAAUGGGCUGAGAAGGAGGGCAUCAAGCCAUCUGCUCCCGCUGCUCCAGCCAAGCCAACUGAGGCUGAGAAGCCCAAGAGCGACCGCAUACUCAUGCAGAGAAUUGACUCGGUCAAUGCUUCUGAGGCAGAGCUUCUCGAGACCUUGAAGCGACCCUCACAGAAGUCCCCUGAAGCCAUCCUGAAGAUUGUCACUCCCAUUAUCGAAGAUGUUCGCAAGAACGGAGACAAGGCCGUCCUUUCAUACACUCACAAGUUUGAGAAGGCUACUUCUCUAACAUCUCCCGUCCUAAAGGCCCCUUUCCCCAAGGAGUUGAUGCAGCUCCCUGCCGAGACCAUCAAGGCCAUUGACACCUCCUUUGAAAACAUCCGAAAGUUCCACGCUGCUCAGGGCGAUGACAAGACUCUCCAGGUCGAGACCAUGCCUGGCGUCAUCUGCAGCCGCUUUUCAAGACCGAUUGAGAGAGUUGGUCUCUACGUACCUGGAGGUACCGCCGUUCUGCCCAGCACUGCUCUCAUGCUCGGUGUCCCUGCCAUGGUUGCCGGCUGCAAGAAGAUCGUCCUGGCUUCGCCACCCCGCGCCGACGGCAGCGUCACCCCUGAGAUCGUCUACGCCGCUCACAAAGUCGGAGCCGAAAGCAUCGUCCUCGCUGGUGGAGCGCAGGCUGUUGCCGCCAUGGCCUACGGCACUGAGAGCAUCACCAAGGUUGACAAGAUCCUCGGUCCCGGCAACCAGUUUGUUACUGCGGCCAAGAUGCACGUCAGCAACGACACCAAUGCGGGCGUGAGCAUCGAUAUGCCCGCUGGCCCAUCCGAAGUCCUGGUCAUCGCCGAUAAGGAUUCCAACCCCGCGUUCGUGGCAUCAGAUCUACUUUCCCAGGCCGAGCACGGCGUUGACAGUCAGGUCAUCCUGAUUGCUGUCGAUCUCAACGAAGAGCAACUCAAGGCUAUUGAGGAUGAAGUCCACAACCAGGCCAUUGCCCUGCCCAGAGUGGAUAUUGUCCGUGGCUCCAUUGCCCACUCCGUCUCUGUGCUCGUCAAGGACAUUGAUGAGGCCAUGCGCAUCAGCAACGAGUAUGCUCCGGAGCAUCUUAUCUUGCAGAUCAAGGAUGCCGCCAAGGCUGUCGAUCUCGUCAUGAACGCAGGUAGUGUCUUCAUCGGCGAAUGGACACCCGAGAGUGUUGGUGAUUACUCUGCCGGUGUGAACCACUCAUUACCAACAUACGGAUUCGCCAAGCAGUACUCUGGCGUCAACCUGGGAUCCUUCCAGAAGCACAUCACCAGCUCUAACCUCACUGCUGAAGGUCUGCGGAAUGUAGGCUCAGCAGUCAUGCAGCUGGCCAAGGUUGAGGAGCUUGAGGCUCACAGGAGAGCGGUAGAGAUUCGCAUCAAGCACAUGGAUGCGCAAAAAUAG